AUGGUCGAACAACUCUUAGCCGAAGCUACUGCGGAUCGGCUAAUACGGCCGUCUUUCCCGUAUCAACCCAUAGAAGUUAAAGCCGCAGCACCGCUUCGGAACGGAGAACUCCUGGCAGAGAUAUUCCGCGAACUUCACAAAGAGCAACGUCUCCCCCCUGUUAUAACUGCGGAGGAAAAGGACACUAUUCUCGCUAUUGUUCUUCUCCACGUUAUUCUCGACAAAAUACAGGUACGCCUUCUCAACGUAGUCAUUCACGUGAGCGUUCUUUCUCGAGUCUUCCUCGCUCUUCUUACUCUCGCCCUUACUCUGACACGCGCCGUAGAGUUGAUUUUGAACUAUCGCAGGCGCCUGAACAAAUUAAAGCACUCACUCUCUCGUUGCGUGAUAAUGAAUCUGCCUUGCAACAGCCUGAUGCCAGAAUUAAUGCUUUAG